CUUGUAUAGAAUCUUGUGUGAUUUGAAAUAUAAGUAUAUAAUUAAAAAAAGAUAAUUAUGUUAGAAAUAAUUUUUAUAUUUACAUGUAUCUAAUAAUUUAUUAAUAUAACUUACUCAUAGUUUUAUAUUUUUCUUGUGAAUUUUUCUAUUGAAAGUAGUGUUUACAGAGAUUGAGAUAUAUCUUAUUUGUAAUUUAUAUAUAACAUUCAAAUGUUUUUAGCAAACAAAACUAAAUCUAAAGACUUGAUAUAUUACAUUUUUUGCACCUACCUGCCAACUGGAUCUUACAUUUGUAAAUAAAAAUUUGCAGAGCAAUAAGUUAGAUUCAUAACUGCAUAAGAUUCGACCAGCCAUUUUUAUGAGAAGAAAAAGAUUCUCCGAGAAUUCGAUUUGAAUUUCGCGCUGUGAUGACGUAAUACAGUAAAGUAAAAUGGCUCCUGUUUGUUGAAGUUUUGCGAAAUAGAACUUUUUAAAAUAAGAAAUUAAGAAGGAAAAAGCUUACUGAUACGAAGAAUAUUAGAUUGUUUUUCUCACCAUUAUUAUCAUCAUUAUCGUCAUCGACAUGAAUUGAGCGCUGGAACGACGUUGUUAAAAAAUUAAGCGAAUUUUCGAAGCUUUGUGAAUUAGACGAAGGAUUUUCAAUAUAAAUGAAUUGAGGAAAAGUUUCAAAUCUCCAUUCGAAGUACUUAAGGCUUUCUAUCGGUUGGCUGUAAGAGAGGGGCACACAUGGAAAGGCAAACACCCGCUAACGGAAUUAAUAUGGGGUGUCUGGUUGACGACGAUAACGAAAAUUGAUUUCACCCUUAUACCCCUCUUGCUCGGGAUCUACUCUCUCUCUCUCUCUCUCUCCCUCUCUCUCUCUCUCUCUCUCUCUCUCUCUCUCUCUCUCACAUACACAUACAUUCUAUGUUCCAUCCUCCUCUUCGUACAAUCCAUACCACCAGUAUGGGGAUUCUAUUCGAACGCACACUGAUGUUCAUGGGACACUGCGCAAACCAACAGAGACACGCCUCUUUUCUAUCGACACGCCCUCAUUUCCUCCUAGAAUUUCCUUCUAUGUACCAACGCGAUUUCGUGUCACGUUCCAAGGAUUUUCACUUCAUACCUAAUCACGAUUUUUUUAUUAUCAUCUUUUAUCUUAUUCUAUUCUAUACGGUAUAUUUUAUACAUAUUUUGUUUCUUUUUUAGAAAGAGAGAAAGAAGAAGAGAAAGGAGAGAGAGUAUGUUUGAGUUAAGUUCUUGGAAAACGAUAGAGAUACUUUCUUAUGUGUUUCUACAUACAGGGUGAGCUCAUAAUUAUCGUCUAUGUAGUGAUAAUUUAUGAUUUUUUACUUUGAAAUUUGUUAAAUAUAUGUAAAACAUUUGUAUGUUUUAUUUUUUUUAGAUCAGUAAAAAGAUUCUUUUUCAUUUUAGAUUGAAUACGAUUGAUUCACCCUGUAUAUACAAAUGCAGAUCUAUUGGUAGUGUCAUUAAUCUUAAUCUACAAUUUAUCGUUUCGUUUAACGAUAGUAUUUUAUUUCUCUCUCUCUCUUUCUCUUUGUCUCUGUCGUUAUAUAGACGCCUUUCGAAAAUGACUUUUCACGAUAUUUCUCUCGAAUAAAUUUAGGUACCUAUAUAAAAAUUUUUUUGAAAGAUGACUAUCGUUCAUAGAAAAAUGUAAUCGUAUCCGAUAAGCGACAUUAAUGCUACGAAUUUUAUUCAUUGUCACGCGCUAAAAUUGAGCCACAACUUAGCAAACCCUGUGGGAAACCACUGCAAAUAGUGCAACCCCCGUCGGCAGUGAAAAGCACGUAGGGUGAUCCUCGUUUUUCAAAGGGAAGGAUACAUUUUAUCGUCGACACUGACAUUUUUCUAAACAUUGAUAUCGUUUCUCUCUUUUCUAGAUUUCUCUUUUUAUUUUUUAAAUCAUUAACAAAUUGAGGGAUAUGCUGGCCCAUAAGAACAUUGAUAUUCCAAAACUGUGUCUGUAUGUGAACAUCCUAUAUAAGGCUAAGCCGAUGUUGACGUAUAAUGGAUGUAACGGUGUAACAACGGAAACGGACAAUGGUUCUCCUGCUGAAUCAUUUUUAUCAGCCGAAGGAGAACUUGCCGAAGAGCCGGGGGAUUCGCCGGGUACUCCGAGAGAUACCGAGGAAGAGGCAACCCUUUCCGAUGAAUUUUAUUCCCACGAUACCGACGAGGAAGAAGAACAGGGAAGACGUAGAAGGGAUCGUGCGAAUUCCCUAGACGGCAUUCCAUCUUCUGGUAACGGUCAACUAGGCUCGCCCACACUUCGGAUAGGAAACGUAGGUGUUAGGAAAUUAUUUACGAACAGUCGUGAACGAUGGAGACAGCAGAACGUCAGCGGAGCUUUCGCUGAACUUCGAAAGCUUGUUCCUACUCAUCCUCCGGAUAAAAAGUUGUCGAAGAAUGAAAUUUUAAGGAUGGCUAUACGAUACAUAAGGUUACUGAGCAACGUUCUUGAGUGGCAGAAUGCUCAAGAUCGAAACGGAGUGGUCCAUACGCAGGAUGGUGUCAGAAUAAAAUGUGAGGGACACUUUAAUAACAACAACAACAAUAACAAUCAUAACAAUAACAACAAUAAUAACAAUGGUAUUCAAAAGACCAAUUCUUACCAGACAAAGUGUCCGAUUAAUUUAACGAAACAAGAGAAGCAACAGAUCAACGAGAACGCUCUCCAAUCGUACAGAGUCCAUUAUCUCGGCCAACAACAGAGACAACAUCCUGUCGGUCAUCAUGGCGCCUGUGAUAAGAAUGGCAACAACUUGCUAAUGAUCGUACCAGCUGUAUCGUUGAACGAAUUGUCGGCUUCUUCGGUUGAUAAACACGUGGAGCCCUCGAACGUUAUUUCUCAAGGUCACCAUCAUUCGGUUAAUCAUUCUUUAGGCUCUAAUCUGAUUCGUUCUUCGUUAUCUUGUUCGUCGUCGUCAUCGUCAUCCUCGUCAUCAUCAUCGUCAUCAUCCUCGUCAUCUUCGUCGUCAUCGUCAUCGUCGUCAUCCUCGUCGUCGUCGUCGUCGUCAUCAUCGUCGUCGUCGUCGUCGUCCUCGUCGUCGUCCUCGUCGUUGUCGACGACGACGUCGUCUUCAUCAACCGUUUCCAACAGAGUCAACAAUUUUUCAAAAUCCCAACAAAUCAAUUACAACGUAUCAUCUACGAAUGGCUCUUUAGUAACUAAUGGAAAUAGUUCGAGUGUUGGACAAAAGAGAUUACUUAAAGUCGAAAGACAAGACGACGAACAGUCUGGCAUUGGUAGAGAGUGUAGAUCGUCGUCGAUCACCGAACAUCCUGUUCAAGUGAGGAAGAGAGUUAAGGUCACGUUCGCCAAAGAUACAACGGGGAAUUUUCGUCAGGAUUUUCGACACGUCGAAAGAAAGUGAACAUUGAAAAAAAGGGAAUCAAUGAAGACCUGAGGAUUGGGUUGAAAAUAGUUUUUGUCGACUUUCUGUCUUACGGAUUUGAGAUAUUUUUAUUUCUAUGUGAUUGGUUUAUCAUCACAUUUUUAAUAUUUUUUUAUAUAAUUAUAUUUUUUUUUACAAGUAAUUCGUUCAAUAAACGUUCAUUCUUCUUAUAGGACAGAAAGCGUAAAUAUUUCCUUGAAUGUAAAUAAAAGAAAGACAAUAUUAUGUGAUUUGCAUCGAAAACGUAGAGAGAAAAGAAACAUUCAUGAAUCAUCGUUUCACAAAAACUUUAUUUAUUUAUUUAUUUAUGUUCGUUUAGCAUGACACUUUUGUACAUCCUGUGCGUGUGGCGUAUUUUAAACCAGUGCAGUGACUUUUUAAUUAUUAUAAUAUAUAAAGAACGAUCGAUCACGCGCGUGCGCGCGCGCUUGCGAAAGAGAGAGAGCGAGAGAGCAAGAGAGAAAGAGAGAGUUCGUCACAUCGUUUCUUUUUUCUUAAUCGUUUAAAACACUUAGUUUUGUUUGUAUAUUUCUUACAUACAACGCGAGUGUGGAAUAGUCAUUCGUUUCUUCUUGCCUUUUUCUACGUUUCGAGUGUAAUGUGAUUAUGAUAUAACAUUAUUUAUUUAUUUAUAACUGUGGCGCAGUAUCAAAUGAGAUAUAGUAUUCAUUCAAUUUGAACACAAGAAAAAAUGAAUACUUUGCGAACAUAUUUACUAUAUAUAUAUAUAUAUUUUUUUUUUCUUAUUGGUUAACACUGUAAGAACGAAAGAUUUCAUUGUUUAUUUUAAUCAGUUGCCACAAGUUGUAUAUACGUAUAUACAUAUAUAUAUAUAUAUGUGAAUUAUAAUAUUCAUAUUAUAUAUUAAAUAUUAUUUUAUGUAUGUAUAUAUAUAUAUAUAUACACAUAUAUACUUGAAGGUGUAUUAAUCUUUAAAAAUUCAACGAGUAUUUCACGUGGAAAAUACGACGAUGAGACGAGCUAACGGCGCUUUAAACACGUAAUAAUACUAUACAUAAUACGUAGGUAUAUAAUAAUAAUAAUAAUUAUUUCGUUUAUAUAUCACUCACUGUUACCCUGAUUGUUUCUUAUUACAGGCACAAAUUUAUAUAUUUUUCCUUGACUUUUAUGAUUUGGAAUCGUUUCAACAUGAGAGGCACAUUAAUAACUCUAUUACCUUACUUCAAACUUUAUUUAAUUUCUAAUCUAAAGACUUUAUUAGCCUCCUUCGCUUUUUCUUUUCCUUUCAGAAAAUAUCGAUUUUUCAAUAUACCUAGCAGGACAACGAAUACUCGACUCUUUCCAGCUUUACAUCGAACGUUCCAUUAGUAAAUAAUAUUUGCAGAGAAUUAACGAUGUACACGUCCAACGACGACGACGAUAGUAAUAAUAAUAAUAAUAAUAAUUCCGUGUGAAAUGUUCAACGCAUACACGGCGAGUCGAGGAGUAAGUGCUUCAGGUGAUUAUUUCAAGAAACACAUUGAACUCUAAUUGUAUAAUAAAUCAGUAUGGUUAAAGAUUGAUCGAACGAUUGAUCGAUCUGCAAAGAGUCGAGAAAGAUA